AUGUCCAUAACGAGGCUGACACGGCCACUUAUCGAGAGUGUGGCCAAGACUGUUAAACCGUAUGGAGACGUGGUAGAGCUCGAUUUUCAGCGUAACAAUAUAGACCUACUCGAAAAUCUGCAGCCCCUUUCUCUCACGGAAUUGGCCAUACUGAACUUGUCCUACAAUAGGCUUCAGACGCUCCAGAACCUUGUGCCAAUAGCUACUCUCAAAGAGCUAAAAGUAAGCGCCAACUCCCUCGUCAGUAUUAACACAGCACUUCCCUUUCCAAGGCUUCAACUCCUCGAUUUAUCAGAAAAUAAAAUCUACCAAAUAACAGCAGAACUCCCAGAAAGCCUGUUAGAAUUGGAUCUUCGAAGCAAUCUAAUAUGUACGUUUGAAAGCGUAGCCCCUAUCUUUAAAUUACAUAACCUUACCGUAUUGGACUUACGACAAAAUCCAAUCGUCGACAAGUACAUAAGUAACGAGGCAUUCUACACAUACGUCACGAAGUUCCUUCCCAAGCUAGACACCCUGAACGGCGAGCCAAUAGCCGCCUUCCGACAAGCUGCCAUUUCUCAGAUGCAGCUCUCUAAAGCAGAAAGUAGAGUAGAUAGAUCCAAUGCUAUUUACGAUUUGACUGAAUCGCGCGUAGCUGGAGUCGUCUCUGCAAUAUCUCAGGCAUCACAGGUUGACAGUCGGUCGGAAGUGCAGGGCAGUGGACAAGCCAGGUCCCAUCAGCCAACUUCUGUACGUGCCUCUUCUGUUCAGCAGCAAGAUCCUGGCAUUAACAUUAAAAUAUAUUCAAACUAUUACGACAAAGGGGGACCUCAGUCAAACAAGGGGCAAAUUACAGACUCUCAGCGCAUGGUUAAUGAGCACGUUAUUCUAUUUCGAAGUCCGUCCAAUAGAAGGUUAUCAUACAGCCAGGUUAACCCUUCUAAUCCUCCAGAGAAAAUAGCUCGCGCCAUAUCACAAGAGCGACUGGUCACUACUGAAAGUCUUGCGACAAAUACUAUAGUCCUGCAACAAGAAGCAGGUCAGCAAGGUGUCCACCACAAAUAUAGGGCAUCGACAGACGAUUAUAACAUGGUAGCUUCCUCCAGGGCUUCUGAAGCGCAACAAAAUCGACAGGGCAUAGCUCCAAUCGCUGUCCAGAGGUCCCGAAGCUUUCGAGCAACUGGUGAAUCUACCAUUCGGGAAGUGCAGGCUACAGAGCCACUUCUUUUGCCACAUUCACACCCGACCGUUCACACUGAGGCACAAAGUUUGUCAUCUCAGAAUAAAUCUACAAUAAUGUACGAACAAGUUCCUGGAACUUAUCAGAGUACUGACACAGAUAUGAGGAGCACCCACGUUGAGAAAUCUGACACGGCACUCGUCACACAGCUACGCCGGAAGUGCAUGGAGCAAGAACUUGAGAUACAUCGGCUCAAUCUGGAGCUUAACGCAGCGUCGGAGAUCCUUGGAGAUAAGGGGGUUAUUCCUGGUCUAUUAAGUCGGGAUACUACCGUUACAAUGGCUAGUAAGCUGCGCAAUGAAGGAAAGUUAUUCAUCCCUACUAUUUCUGGGCCGAACGAAUAUGCUAAGCUUCUUUCUCAAAGUGACUUUUCAGAGAUAGCAUUACUCAAGGCACAAGUACAAUCCCUCGAGGAAAGCAUAUGUGCCUUAGAGAACGACUCUAUAGUAACCUAUCCUCAUCCAGAAGCAGAGAGACCUGGACAAAGCUCGCUUCCUAUCGCACUAUAUUCAUAUAGACGCAAGCUUUUCCACACCAUCCUCGCGGGAACACGUCAGGCUAAAGAAGCUAAGAGCAAAAUUGCUGAACUGCAAAAGACAACACUGGCACUCACAAAGCAGGUCAAGGAGAAGGAGGAGCUCGAGCAAGAAGCAGAUGCCAAGACUCGUCUCCAGAAGGUACAGCUCAAGGAUGCUGAGCUCCGCAAGGAGGCAAAGCAGAAGACAAUAGAAAUGUUGUCGACUGAGCUGAGUCAAUAUCACAGUAUGUUUGAGGUACUGUCCGAGUUACAUGCUGGGGGAGAUAACGGACUGGUUUCCUUCCUCCAGCAGAACUCCGUACUGACCGUUGUAGAAAUGGUCGAAAGAGCGCUUGAACUAAGCCGGGAGAAGAUUCAUAAUGUUGACCAGUCUGUACAGGCCAUCACGACAAUCAUUAGUCGUCAGAAACUUCGCAUCGAAGCCUUGACAGACAAGCUUGAUGAUUAUGAACAUAAGUAUUCAGCCCUUCUGUCAGAGCAUGAAGAUCUGAUGUCUCGAUAUGAUGCACUAAAAGACACCUACAAGAGCUUGCAGCUCGAGAAAAUAAAGUUAGAGGCAGACUCCCUGGAUAAUAGUGCACGGAGAAGACCUCCAUGUGCAAAUUUUGCAGUGCAGGUGAGGCCCAGAUCUGAUUUCGCUGCAGAGGUAAGUAAGCACCCUGCUACGUUAGAGGAUGUACAUACCUUGAGUGAUAGAGCAAGCGUUACAGACAUGCAGGUAGCACACGAGCUUCCACCAAGCCCAUCCGUUUAUAUUGGGCCAGGAAGAAGCGUGCAGCAACCAGAGUCAUCCCCCAAGACAAUCUCGUCCACCUCUCGUGCACCGACCAUCUCUGCAGCUAUGGUAGCAUCACAGAUCACCAGAUCAAUGAUGCAGAACUCUCAUCAGUCGGCUGGUGACUCAAUAAAAUCUCCAGCAAGGCAUUCAGCGCCCACUCAUCAAGAGCCCCUUCCUGACAGUAUAGUUUCAACCGUGGAGCUGAAUACUAAUGGGAAGCUACAGCCGCCACAGUCUGAUGAAGAUUUGUUUGACAUGAAAAUGGCAGAGAGAAAGCAGCUUGCGGCGGAGAUGAAGGAAUUACAAAGCAUGACCAUCCCAAGAAGUUCGUCCUCCAAUCGAAAACGUGCAGAAAAGAUCAUGGGGAUGUUAUCAAAGCUGGACUCGUUAAUGUAA